CCUUAAGAAAAAAAACAAAAAGAAGAACAUAAUAUAAUUAGCCUGUACAUACACACGGCCUGUGUGUGUAUAUGACCUAAAACUAAAACCCCUCUCUUUUUUCGAAUUCAUUUUUGGUUUUCACAAUUUAUUUAUUUUCAAAUAAAUAUUAUCAAAAACCCUCUCGAAUUAAUUUUUGAUUUUUGCCUCUAUUUCUAUUAAUUAUUCGUUUUGUGUUGAUAUAAAAGGAUUAGAUUUGAAUUUAUUUCUAGAUUCGAGAUUUGAAGCUUUGCGCCUUCGGAUCGUGAUGGAGAAAUCGGGUCAACCGGGUCCGGAUCGGGUCGCUUCUGUCUCCACCUCUCCUGUUACCGGUACGUCUUCAUUUGAGAGACAAUUUGUUCCUGAUAACUUGAUUGAACAGACAUUGCCACCUAAAGAGGAGAAGGUUGUAUCUGCGAGUUCUACUGAUACAAACAGUGUCAGGCCGCCAAGAAUAGUAACCAACCCGCCAGAGUUAAUGGUAUCGAGUGGAGCACUUGCCACUUCCUACCAACCUAAUGCUUAUGCUCCACUAGACCAAAGUUUCUACUAUGGAGCUUAUGAAAAUGGCAAUGGUAACUGGGGGGAGUAUCCCAACUAUGUCAAUGCCAAUAAUCUACAGAUUAUGCCUCCAGCAAUGUUCAACGACAAUCCAUCGCUGUAUUUUCCUUCUGGCUACAGCUUUGAUACCCAAAUGGCAUAUGGACAGUUUCCUCCUUUGGCUAGUCCAAUGUCUCCGUUUUUGCUAGAUGGUCAGUUGUACUCUCCACAUCAAAUCCCUAUGUCACCCAACUACUAUCCGCAAUCGAUUUCUCCGGGUCUCCCACAUGUUACCUCUUCUCAUUCAAUGUCUCAAACUGAGAUGGUGACACCAGUAAGUACAGGUCAAGACAGUCUGAAUGACAAUAUGCUUUUUGGACCAGGAUCUGGUUAUUACUUGCACUUUGGAUCCUUUCCUGCUAGUAAUCCACCUGGAAACAGUAGCCUUGGCUUGUACAAAUACCCAGGAGAGUUUGGAUCUGGUGAAAAUCCAGCUAUCCGAUCAAAUUCUUCUGACACGGGCAACAUUUUGUCUCCAUUGACACCAGGAGCUGUUUAUACACAGCCUGUGGGCAUACUUGGAUCCUAUGACCAUAGCCUGGCACAGGCUUCUCAGCAGCAAACACCAUUUACAAGGCGCUAUCAGAAUAAUAUCUCUUCUAGGAUCCCAAACUAUGGCAACUGGGAUGCGAGUCGCUUUAAUCGAUUUACUACUGACAAAGGUGGGAGAAGGGAUAGGGACUCAGCUAGUAUUUCUGCUGAUUCACAUGGCCCACCCAAUGACCGAAAUCGAGGACCAAGAGCAUUGAGGCCAAAAAUUAAAAACAAUACUGAAGAAAUGGCUGCACCUGUUAUCACAAAAGCAGGUGCAUCUACUUCUGGAGUCAAUCUUGAACUAUACAACCAACCGGAUUUUGUCACAGAUUAUGAGAAGGCCAAGUUCUUUGUCAUCAAGUCUUUCAGCGAGGAUAAUGUUCACAAAAGUAUUAAAUAUAAAGUUUGGGCCAGCACACCUCUUGGGAACAAGAAACUGGACGCUGCUUACCAAGAAGUCAAGGAUGAUGGUGGCAAUUAUCCAGUUUUUCUGUUCUUCUCGGUUAAUGCCAGUGGGCAAUUUUGUGGUGUAGCUGAAAUGACUGGACCUGUUGACUUCGAGAAUGAUGCAAAUUACUGGCAGCAGGAUAGAUGGAGUGGCCAGUUCCCUGUCCGGUGGCAUAUAGUAAAAGAUGUGCCAAAUGGUCGAUUUCGCCAUAUUCUUCUGGACAAUAAUGAUAACAAGCCUGUAACUCACAGCCGAGACUCUCAAGAGGUGAAACUGGAACAAGGUCUCGCAAUGUUGAAAAUUUUCAAAGAUCAUGAAUCUGAGUCAUCAAUCUUAGAUGAUUUCAGUUAUUAUGAUGGGAGGGAGGAACGGUCAUUGCAGGAGAAGAGGACUAAACAGCCAUGUCCAGAUGAAAGUCCUGUUGCUCCAAUAGAUCAGUUAUUGGAUCACGUUGCCAGUACCCUUCAUCUGAAAGUCAAUGACGACAAAAGAAAGUAAAUUGGGAGUGAUAUGGCAAAACCCAGAUGGCAGACAAGAUCGAUGUAUUGGGUACUGGGUUUAGCCAUUUAGGAAUAGAGAGCAAGAGUCCCUACUUAAGCAAAAGCGAUGGCAGGGAGUAUCUGCUCUUGUAUUUUAUAGUCCAAGCUCAGCUGUACACCAAGUUCUUCAAUCUUUCACCUCGACCCUAGUUUAUUUUUCUUUUUAAAUGUCAGUUAAGGAGUUUACUGGUGAUUUGGUCAUUCUUGAAGGGGGACGGGGGCGAGAGGUAGUUUAGUUGUGGGAUUUUUAGUUCUUGCUGAUAUACUUUUGCUUGUUUUAAGAGUCACAGAAGGUACAUGAAGAUACCAUCAAGUUGGCUUGGUGACAUUUGCUGGUGCCCUGUGUAAGUUGAAAGAUUUUCUUUGAAAAAUUCCAGUGCAGGGCAUUUAAAUUUUGUGCCGGCGCACAGAAGGAACUAUAAAAUUUUCAUCUGUUAGAAAUUUUAUCAAUAGAUGAGCACUGUUCUUUUUUUCAAA